AGGUCGCAGAUGGGUGCCGGCCGCCAGGGUAAAGUGUGGUGAGGUGCGCGCCGGCGAGGACGGUCCAACAACUGCGCCCUUACUGUGACCACCACCACCAACCACACUACACGCGCUCAACAGUCAUUCAUUCAUUAGUGCUCAACAUUGAUUGACGGUGAAAAUCGAUUACUUUAUUAUUUACUAAAGAAGAGGCCAUUCAGUUACAGAGUUACCCAGAAUUAUACAUUUUCGCUUGUCCUCCGAGGCUAAGGUUCAAGAACUCUUCGUCUACAUAGUGUAGUCUUAGUAGAUUCUUGAACUCUCGACCACAAAAAAGGAUUUUAGAAACAAAAUGGACGAACUUCACAAGUAUUACAACGAUAAGCUGCAGGAAUCCGAGAGACGUCACCAGCAGGAUCUCCAAGAAGCUGAAAAACGCUGCCACCAUCUUGAAGAUGAUGUUCGACACUUACAGAGCAGACUUGCUCUUAGUGAGUCAAAAAAGAAAAUAUCUAGGCGAAAGAAAAAAGAGAAGCAAAUUAAUUCUCUGAAGCAGGAGCUGAUACUUGACGACCACAAGAUCCCCCUCGAAGAACUCUUCCAGCGACUCAGUGUGGACCCUGACAGGGGUCUGACACAGUCGGAGGCUGUGAAGCGUCUGGAGCGAGACGGGCGAAACGCCCUCACCCCUCCCAAGGAGACUCCUCAGUGGAUUAAAUUUUGCAAGCAUCUCUUUGGGGGUUUCUCACUCCUUCUCCUGAUUGGUUCCUUCCUAUGCUUCAAUGCUUACUUCAUUGAGGCUUUUUAUGAAGAAGAACCCAGCUAUGAUAAUUUUUACCUGGGAGUGGUUCUGUCGACUGUGGUGGUGGUCACUGGCUUGUUCUCCUUCUACCAGGAGGCCAAGUCCUCGGCUAUCAUGGAAUCAUUUAAGAAAAUGGUCCCUCAGUAUGCAAUCGUGGUUCGUGAUGGUGACAAGCAGAACAUGUUGGCUGAGGAGCUUUGCAAAGGAGAUAUCGUAGAGGUGAAAUUCGGUGACCGCAUCCCUGCUGAUGUCCGCAUCAUUGAAUCUAGGGGUUUUAAGGUAGACAACUCAUCACUAACUGGAGAAUGUGAACCACAAAGCCGUUCCCCUGAAUUUACAUCAGACAACCCGCUGGAGACCAAGAACCUCGCUUUUUUCUCCACUAGUGCUGUCGAGGGUACUGCCAGAGGAAUUGUUAUCAACAUCGGAGACACCACGGUUAUGGGCCGCAUUGCUGGACUGGCGUCUGGUCUGGAAACGUCCCAGACACCCAUUGCUAAAGAAAUCGGUCAUUUCGUCCACCUCAUCACUGCUGUAGCAAUGACUCUGGGCUUUACCUUCUGUGCGAUUGCCUUUAUGAUGGGUUACCAAUGGCUAGAUGCUGUAGUGUUUCUCAUUGGUAUAAUUAUAGCCAAUGUACCUGAGGGUCUUCUUGCCACAGUCACUGUCUGUCUCACACUCACUGCCAAGAGAAUGGCAGCCAAGAAUUGUCUUGUAAAAAAUUUGGAAGCUGUUGAAACUCUAGGGUCCACUUCCACCAUCUGCUCGGAUAAGACUGGAACCCUGACCCAGAACUGUAUGACAGUGGCCCACAUGUGGAUUGACAAUACGAUAAUUGAAGCCGAUACAUCUGAAGACCAAGCUGCCUGCCAACGUGACGAUACAGCUCACAGCUGGAAUGCACUACUUAGAGCUGCGGCUCUCUGCAACCGUGCGGAAUUUAAGACUGGACAAGAGGCUGUCCCUAUCAUGAAACGUGAAGUAAAUGGCGAUGCUUCAGAAGCUGCUCUGCUUAGAUGUGCCGAAGUUACUGUUGGAAACGUAAGAGCCUGGCGCGCACGAAACAAGAAGGUAUGUGAAGUUCCAUUCAAUUCCACAAAUAAAUACCAAAUAUCGAUACACGAAACCGAGGACAAAAUUGACCCCCGCUACCUCCUUGUCAUGAAGGGAGCCCCUGAGAAAAUCAUGGAAUGCUGCUCAACUAUUUACAUUAAUGGCGAAGAAAGGGUUCUGGAUGAAGAAAUGAAAGAAGCUUUCCACAAUGCCAGUUUGGAGCUUGGAGGUCUUGGAGAACGGGUACUUGGUUUCUGUGACUAUAUUUUACCUUCUGAUAGGUAUCCGUUUGGAUAUCCCUUUAACUCGGAAUGUGUCAAUUUCCCUGUACAUGGCCUUCGUUUUGUAGGAUUAAUGUCUAUGAUUGAUCCUCCUCGAGCUGCUGUACCCGAUGCUGUAGCAAAGUGUCGAUCGGCUGGAAUAAAGGUUAUCAUGGUUACAGGUGAUCACCCCGUCACUGCCAAGGCAAUUGCCAAAUCUGUUGGGAUCAUUUCUGAAGGAAGUGAAACUGUUGAGGAUAUUGCUCAGAGACUGAACAUCCCUAUUAAAGCUGUAGACCCACGUGAAGCGAAGGCUGCUGUUGUGCAUGGCUCAGAACUAAGAAACAUGACAUCUGAACAGUUAGAUGAUAUUCUCAUUCACCACUCUGAGAUUGUGUUCGCCCGUACUUCACCUCAACAGAAACUAAUCAUUGUUGAAGGCUGUCAGCGCAUGGGAGCCAUUGUUGCCGUGACUGGUGAUGGUGUUAAUGACUCUCCUGCUCUCAAAAAGGCUGACAUUGGUGUUGCUAUGGGUAUUGCUGGAUCGGACGUGUCCAAACAGGCUGCUGAUAUGAUCUUGUUAGAUGACAACUUUGCUUCCAUUGUCACGGGUGUUGAGGAGGGCAGACUCAUUUUUGACAAUAUCAAGAAGUCGAUCGCUUAUACCUUGACCUCCAAUAACCCCGAGAUCACUCCGUUUGUGUUCUUCAUGAUAGCCUCUGUGCCUCUACCUUUGGGUACCGUAACCAUCCUCUUCAUUGAUCUGGGCACUGAUAUUGUGCCAGCCAUUUCCCUUGCAUAUGAAGCAGCUGAAUCUGAUAUUAUGAAGCGUCCACCCCGCAAUCCCUUCACUGACAAACUUUGUAACGAGAGGCUCAUCUCCAUGGCUUAUGGUCAGAUUGGUAUGAUCCAGUCAAUGGCGGGGUUCUACACCUAUUUUUUCAUUAUGGCACAAAAUGGAUUCAUUCCUCAAAAACUCUUUGGUAUCCGUCAACGAUGGGAUUCGUUUGCCAUCAAUGAUUUGGAGGAUUCCUACGGCCAGGAAUGGACCUACCACGACCGCAAAAUUCUAGAGUAUACAUGUCACACAGCCUUCUUCAUUUCCGUUGUUAUUGCGCAAUGGGCAGAUCUGAUAAUCUGCAAGACCCGACGUAACUCCAUUUUUCAUCAGGGAAUGAAGAAUAUGCAUCUGAACUUUGCUUUAGUCUUCGAGACUCUUCUGGCUGCCUUCCUCUCCUACACCCCAGGGAUGGAUAAGGGUCUUCAUAUGUACCCCCUCAAGUUCAACUGGUGGCUGCCAGCCAUUCCCUACUCAAUACUCAUCUUUACAUAUGAUGAGUGCCGUAAAUACUUCUUACGCAACAACCCUGGAUCCUGGAUUGAAUCGGAAACGUAUUAGAGUGUUUAUGGAGCUGAAGAAUAGCAAUCAUCACCUGCCACCAACAGCAGCAGCCUCUCAAAAAACAAUACUUGUCAUGUUAACAGAAUAUUAAGGAAACUUAAUAUCCUAAUAAGAGCUAGUUUGUAGUUGAGGUUGAGAAUAAUUAGUGAACGAGUGUGCUGGUGAUUAAUGCGCUCCCCUGUAUGAUUCUGUAAAAUAUUUCUUUGUAAUUUGCUGAAGAUUUAUUAUUGUUAAUUUAAACCUUUUACUUAUAUAUAUAUAUAUAUAUAUAUAUAUAUAUAUAUAUAUAUAUAUAUAUAUAUAUAUAUAUAUAUAUAUAUAUAUAUAUUGGC